UGCUUAAAAUAUGGAAGAUUGUGAAAAUCCAGGGAGUUCUGUAACUCGCCUGGGUGAACGAUUACAAAGUAAGCGUAUUAUCAAUCUAGGCGCGGUUACACGUGAACGUCGACUGGUUUCAUUAAGGACACUUAGACAGAAUGUCGUAGAAUCAAAGCGAACGGCAUUUCUUGAUAGGUUGAUGAGAGCAUUUACUGAUACUAGUGACGAUUCCGUAAUAGACGACAUUCCAAUUGAAACAGAUAACAACAGUAUCACAACCAUCAAAUCCUUAGAAUCUAUUGAAUCACCUUUGCAAGAUUCAUAUGAUGAUCUCUUUUUUGAGAUAUUGUCAGAAAGAAAUAAACAGAACUACCGAAAUGUAAUGGGUAUAUUAACCGUACAUGAAUUUCUUCUAGCCACAGAAAUGGUAAUACGGGAAGAAGCUAUCGCACUUAAGAAUAGCCUAAUGUUUGUUCGACCCGAAGGGUCACGUGUGCUAAUCAUAGUUGUUAAUAACCGGGCAAGAGUUUAUAGAAAAAAUGGGUUCAAAUGUACCACUUUCAAGGUAGCAUUUACGAAAGGUCCGACUGUUCUCGAUUGUAUUGUUAACGAUAUUGGAUACGAGAAAAACAAACACGGCUACAACAUGAAGUACUACGUUCUGGAUGUGCUGGUAUACAAUGGCUAUUCGAUGGCCCAUUCUGAUACAGAAUGCCGCACGUUCUUUAUUAAGAGCAGGCUUGAAGAAGCAGGGUCACAAUAUUGUAAUCCCAGUUUUGUCAUGUUGACCUACAACGAAUGCACUCCUGAAAACAUGCGCGAUGCAUAUUAUCAAUUGAAAACCUUAGAUUAUGAAACGGACUCCAUAGUCUUUGUAGAUCGUGCAGCUAAUUACGUUGGUGGUUACAAUCCAAAUUGGCUAUGCUGGAGAGACGCGAAUACCUCAAAAUACUGUACAAUGUCACGGCCUGGGCCAAUACACGCUCGUAUAAUAUACAAUUCGAAAAGUAAAUCGCUGAAGACACUAGAUGACAUUGAUCUAGGGCCUUCUCCUCAUUGGAUAGAAUACGAUCACGACAAGGUCCUCAAGGUGUUGAUAAAAAAUGUCAACCUUUCUAACCUAUCUAUAGAGGAAAUUUCCCUGUCUCCAGAUGCGACAAAUCCCACUAGAUUGUCAAGAAUGAACCUAGAGACUGCAGAUUCGCAUAGGAAAAUAAUCAGAAGGUUCAUAUUGGAGAACCAAACAGACCCCAAUCCAGAAGAUUCAUACAAUCGAUUAAUAGACGCCGUAGAAGCCGUCGAUUAUUAAUCA